GGUAUUUGCACUCGUAAAAUGUGGAAUCAACAAUUAGUGGAUGAUGGUUAUUUUCAAGGAUGCACUGUAUUCAAUAUUAAUUACAGCCAAUUAGUUGAUAUUAGCUACACAGAGAGGCCAGUAAUAACAGUCAAAGAUACCAUUCCAUGCCCGUACGGCAUUCAUUACAGUACUGUCGGUGGUCAGAGUUUAGCGGAAAAGUUCAACAUGGGCUGCGACAAUCAUACAAUAGUACCAAUUGUCUGGCAGUCUUCAAGUGUAUUUGGUAGAGUGGCUGGUUACAUGCUCAUGGGAAUUUUAGGCGAUUGGAUAGGUAGAAAAGUUGUUAUUUUCAUUUCAUGUGCGCUCUCACCCAUAACGGCCCUCAUUGUCGCCACUUCGAAUUAUUACACCAUUUUCGUAGCUUCAAACGCGAUAAAUGGAUUUUUCGACGGUGGAUUUUCAGUUUGCCUUGUUCUUAUCCUCGAAAUAGCCAGCAAUAACCGUAGAUCCGAAUUUCUAAUCAUCGGAUGCUGCAGUUUUGCCCUCGGAAUAGGAUUAACCCCAACAAUAAAUUAUUUUUUCCACUCAUACGAUAUUAUGAUAAUUAUAAUAAAUGCUUUCUUUUUAAUAAUGUUUAUAUUUUACGGCAUAAUACCCGAGUCACCGGCGUGGCUUUUUUGCGUUGAAAAAUUAACACAGUUGGAAGAGCUUAUAAAAGAAGCUUCAAAAAUGAACGGAAAAAAAUCAAUUCCCGAUGAUUUUAAGCUAGUUUACGUCGAAAAUGAUCUAGAGCGAUACAAAAUUUCGAAAAAACGUCUCUACAUUUGGAACAUUUUGUCGCAACCGGAAAUAGCCUACGAAGUUAUCGGCAUAACAUAUUUAACAGGACUGUAUGCACUCAUUUUUGGUUCGUCAUACUACUCAAUACUGGCGUCAAUUACCAAAUCAUACUUGGCAAAUAGUUUAAUCGCAUUUUCAACAUUAGCCGGAAUGUUAUGCGGACAAUUUUGCCUGCUUCUGAUGGGACAUCGUAAAAUAUUGCAAAUAUCAAUAUACUUAGUAUUCAUGAGUUGCUUUAUGCUGACAAUUGAUCUUUAUGAAAUGAAGCCGACCAAUACCGGCCCGACAAUAACAUUUCUCCUGAUAAAUGUUUCAGUAGUUAGUUUGAGUUACGGCGUAUUACUUAAUUACAAUGUUAGAACAGUUCCGACGUUAUUGCGUGGAAGUUUGUCCGGAAUUUGGAGAGCUACUUGGGCAGUCUUUGUUUGGAUUGGAAAUCAUAAUUAUAUUCAGUUUCCGACUACUGCUAUUACUCUCAUCCUGGCCUGUAUUAUCGCCGGGUUUUUCAGCCUCAAUAUUAAGGAUCUUUAUCAGCGUGAAUUGCCUGACACUGUUUUGGAUUCUGUUUAUUUCAAACUCAAAACUAAACCAAAACGUUGGUACGCAAUAAAUACCGAUGAUUCUAUGGGAUCGUUUGAAAAACGUACUUCAGACAGUGGAUCGCGGAUGAAUUGGAGUCUAUUAAAUUAUCUGAGAAAAAAAAAUUCAAUUAAUCCCGCGCACCAGGAAUCGAACGAUGAGUGACCGAAUUACACUUCAGGCAGUCUAAUAAUUUAUUUAAAGGCUUCGGGACUGUUUGCCAAGGGACUGUUUUUUUUUUUUUU